GUUACACGAGAAUGGAAAAGGCUGAGAAAGACAGAGAAGAGGCAAGACAAGAGGGGCGGGGAAAGCUGAACACAGACAAUCGACAACUUUUCUCUUCGUUCCUUUCUCGCUGAAGGAGGACAGGAGGGGUCUGGGGGAAGAAAACACACUGGAUUACUGCAUUUGCUCCAAUUCCCAAGUUUCUGCUGCAUUGAUGAGGCUCAGUUAAUGACGGAUUAAUGCAUUGGAAAAGUUGUGGAUUAUAAACAGCAGCUGGAGCUGAAGUUUGAGGCGAAAUCAGGUGGUGCUGGCAAAGGAGUGCAAACAUGUGGUUUCUCUGCUACUUUCUGGCUCCACUGCUCUUCUACUUUGGAUCAUGUGACACAAUAUCAGAAGCCACAGGUGUGCAAUGCCCACCCCUACAAGUGGAGAAUUGGAGGUUUCCUAAGAUGACAAGGGACAACGUUACUGGUUUUAAUCUGGUGAGACGAUUCUCCUUGCUCAAGAACCCAGAUGUUAAGAAGAUGCGUAACCCCCGAGGAUCUGUUGUUUUCCGAUUGGGCAAGACGGCACUUUUGCGGUCCAACGAUCAUGUGUUCCCUCAUGGUUUACCUGAUGAGUUCACCCUGAUCUUCACCCUGGCUUUGAAAGAGACUGCCCUCACGGACACAGUAUACCUGUUUCAAAUAUUGGAUCAGCAAGGAUACCCACAGUUCUCCGUGGACCUCAGCGGUCCAGAUGGCACAAUGACUCUCAGAGCCAGAGGACUGGACUCAUCGGCUGAUCCAGUGAGCUGUGUUUUCUCUGGGGAAGGAGUGGAGGCCCUUAUGGACCUCCGCUGGCACAAACUGGCCCUGAGCGUGCAGCAUGGCGCUGCCUCUCUCCAUGUGGACUGCAGCUCCAUCGAGACAAAACCGCUUGAGCCCAGAGGAGUGGUGCAGACUGAUGGACACACGCUGCUGGGCGUUCGUGCUUCAGAUGCUGGACCAGUGCAGAUGGAUAUUCAGCAAGCAGCGCUUUAUUGUGACCCUUCUCUUGCCGUCCUGGAGGCCUGCUGUGAGAUACCCGGAGCUCGGUGCCCUCCUGAUGCUCCCAAGAGCCGGCGUGCAGCUGAAAAUGACCUGCUAGAAAACGCCUUUAACCAGGAAAAGUUCUCUUCUAAGGAGUUUGCUGAAAAAGUGGCAAAUGCUAUUGAAGCUGCUGGUUUGAAGGGAGAAAAAGGAGAUCGGGGUGAUGAGUGUUCUGACUCUCGUUCCAGCCCAUGCACAGAAGGACCCAAAGGCCAGAAGGGAAAGAAAGGCGAGCUGGCUGUGACUCCCAACCUGGGCGAAGCGGUUUGGUACAAGGGAGAGAAAGGUCAGAAGGGAGAGAUUGGUCCACAGGGUCUGACUGGCACACCUGGGAAGAAUGGUCAACCGGGAAGCAUCUGUGUCGUCGGCCCCAAAGGACAGAAGGGUACCUCAGGUAUGGUGGGUCCUGAAGGCUUGGCUGGGGAGCCAGGGAAGCCUGGACUUCCAGGUCAGCCAGGAGUUGGAAAGCCAGGUCCUCCAGGGCCCCCCGGUGAAGCUGGAGGUGCAAAAGGAGAAAAAGGAGAUUCAGGGCCUUCAGGAAACGAUGGAUUACCAGGAGAUCCAGGACCAAGAGGACCAGCUGGGGCUAAAGGAGCGAAGGGUGACCCGUGUGAACCGUGCCCAACGCUGACUCCAGACACAAGCAACACAGUGACUAUGCAAGGGAAGCCCGGGCCUAAAGGAGAGAUGGGAUUACCAGGGAUUGGAGAAAGAGGGCCCUCUGGGCUUCCAGGUGAGGAUGGCAAAGCAGGACAGAAGGGAGAACCAGGAUCAGAUGGUUCCAAAGGAGAAAAGGGAGAGUCUUGCUCUGCGUGCCCCACCGUGGGAGACCUGCCCCCGAACCUCAUCCCGAGUGGCGUAUUACAAACAAAGGGGGAGAAAGGAGAGCCUGGUUUUGGACCGAAAGGAGAUUCGGGAAAGCCAGGAAAGCCGGGUUCACCCGGACUUAGGGGAGAGAAGGGUAAUUCUGGCAGCUCAGGAGCGGAUGGUAAGCCGGGCAAACCAGGACUGAGGGGUUCAAGUGGGAAAGAUGGAAAGAAAGGAGAAAAGGGAGAAAGAGGGCUGGCUGGUGAAGGAAUUCCUGGAUCAAAGGGGGAGAAGGGGGAGUGUGGCGUGUGCCAGUUAUCAGAAUUUGGUGACAAACCGGACUUCAAAAUCUCAGAAGAAACAAAAGGCGAUCCAGGCCCUCCAGGUUUCCCUGGACCUCCAGGUCCGCCUGGGCCUUCAGGUCUCGGAGCUGAUGGCAAGCAGGGACCACCUGGUCUGUCUGGCUCUAAAGGAGAGAAGGGAGAACAAGGUGAUACUGGAGAAAAGGGACUUGAUGGUUAUCCUGGAGUCCCAGGACCACCUGGAGAUCCUGGUCAGCAAGGCCCAGUGGGCAUUAAAGGAGAAAAGGGGGAUGCUUGCACAAGCUGUGGUGCUUCUGGAGCUGUGGUGGGUGAUGGCGUAGCUGUCCCAGGACCCAAAGGAGAGAAGGGAGACGCUGGGCCCCCAGGAACAGGAAAGCAGGGCAAAAAUGGAAAACAAGGUCCACAAGGUUUACCAGGACCUGCUGGCCCUAAAGGAAGCAAGGGAGAAGCCGGAGCUCCAGGAAUUGGCCUACCAGGACCACAGGGUGAGGAGGGACCAAGAGGACUUCCAGGGCUUGUAGGACCUACUGGCAUUAGCGGCCCCCCAGGCCCUGGCGGUCCUGCAGGAGAAAAGGGAUCCAAGGGUGAUGUGGGGUUUCCUGGCCCACAGGGGCCUCCAGGUGUUGGAGUAGCAGGACCUCAAGGAAAAGAUGGAGCUCCUGGACCUGCAGGACUGCCAGGAGUUGAAGGCAGUCCAGGUCGUGAUGGAGCUAAGGGGGACAAGGGUGAACCAGGAGUCUGCAGCUGCACAAAUCCGGUGACUUCCGUUGUGGGAGGACCUGGUGCUCCAGGAACUGCAGCAAACACAUGGCAGCCUGGGCCUCAGGGCCCCCCUGGACCUCCUGGUCCUCCCGGGCCCCCAGGGCCACAGGGAGUAAUUGGAAUACAAGGACCUCAGGGUAUUCCUGGAAAGGACGGGAAACCGGGUUUGCCUGGAAACUUAAUUCCCAGCGGAAUACGACAACUUCCUCAAGACCCAAAUGAUGAUCCCACUGAUGAGAGCUGUGUUGGCGGCUGCUCCCAAGGGUCCCCUGGGGUGCCAGGUAUGGCCGGUGCCAAAGGUGAUAAAGGGGACCAAGGCAAGCCUGGUGCAACCGUCUUGGACAACUGUGACAGGUGUUUGGAAAGACUGCAGAGUGAACAGAACACUCAAGCAGCAACUGAUCGAUCGUGCAAUGGACCUCCAGGAGUUCCUGGAAUUCCUGGCUCACCUGGUAUCAAAGGAGAUCCUGGUACACCAGGAGAAAGGGGACAAGCUGGAAUUCCAGGAAUCAUGGGGCCCCCAGGUUUUCCUGGUCCUCAGGGCCCACCUGGGUUACCGGGUCAGCAGGGGGAGAGAGGAUCACCAGGCCUCCCUGGAAUAAAGGGUGAACAGGGUUCUUCGGGAACCCCGGGGUAUCCAGGAACCAUGGGGCCACCUGGACUGCCUGGACUGAAGGGCGAGCGAGGCAGCCCCGGAAGUGGUGGUCAGAAGGGGGAAUCAGGUCCUCCUGGUAACCCGGGCUAUCAAGGACAAGCUGGAGCACCGGGUAUUAAAGGGGAAACUGGACCCCCGGGGGCUGCUGGUGAAAAAGGCGAGCAGGGUUUUCAAGGACAACCAGGUUUUCCAGGACCACCUGGUCCAACCGGUCCUGCUGGCAAAUCUGGGAGAGAAGGCCUACCUGGGCUAAAAGGUGAAAAAGGAAAUGAUGGUCCUGCUGGCCCUCAAGGACCAACUGGACCUCCGGGUUCACCUGGCUCUCCUGGGUUAAUGGGCCCCCCUGGCAUCGAGGGGAUGGAUGGAAAAGAUGGGAAACCAGGACUUAGAGGAGAACAGGGCCCUGCAGGCCCUGCAGGACCUCGAGGAAUCCCAGGAUUCAAAGGCAAAACCGGCCAUGUUGGCUUUCCUGGACAAAAGGGAGAUGUUGGGCCUGUAGGCCCCCCGGGAUCUACUGGAAGACCUGGUCAUGACGGUGAUCCUGGUACCCCAGGACCUCAAGGCCGACCUGGACCUUCAGGCCAGCUUGGUCCUACAGGACCAGCGGGACCUCCGGGGCCUCCUGGUCCACCAGGAGAAGGUAUAAAAGGCGAUAAGGGGGAAACUGGAGAAAGAGGUAUGCCAGGGAUUGUUGGACCUCCAGGACCACCUGGGCAUCCGGGAUCUAUGGGUGAGCCUGGCAGUGACGGUAGUCCUGGUAAAGAUGGUGUAGCUGGCGUUCCGGGUGAAAACGGGCAGUCGGGCCAGAAGGGGGAACCGGGGACCCCUGGCCAACGGGGCCCUCAAGGAGAGAGAGGUAGACCAGGCCCACCAGGGGGAGGAUAUCUCCCCAAAGAUGCCCAACCCAUGAUGGGCCCGUCUGGACCCAGAGGGGAAAGGGGAAGCCAGGGCUCAUCUGGCCCACCUGGGCCCCCUGGCUCUCCAGGGACACCAGGAAAUGAUGCUGUUGUAAACUAUGAUGACAUCAGGAACUUCAUUCGCCAACAGGUCAUAAAGAUCUUCGAUGAGAGAAUGGGCUACUAUAUGUCCCGCAUGCAGAUGCCUGUGGAGAUGGUAGCAUCUCCAGGUCGGCCUGGGCCCCCUGGGAAAGACGGUACUCCAGGUAGUCCUGGACCCCCUGGUGCUCCAGGACACCCAGGACAGAUUGGCAGACAAGGCCAACCCGGCGGGCCAGGACUUCCAGGACCACGAGGACCACAAGGGACAAAAGGUGAUAAGGGUGUUGGAGAGAUGGGAGACGUAGGACCUCCAGGAGCACCAGGUGUUCCAGGCCCCCCCGGCUAUGGAAAAGUGGGACCCCCUGGGCCAGUUGGCCAACAGGGUGUUCCUGGGAUCUCUGGUCCUCCUGGACCACCCGGGACUAAAGGAAAAGAGGGUCGAUGUAAUCCUGUGGACUGUAUGACCCAUCAAGUAGACUACAGCCCUAAGGGCCCACCUGUCAAAGGGCCUUGGUAGUGGGGUGAGGAUUCAUGGGGGGAAGGGACCAAAGAAAAGUAUUUUGUGACCCCACAAAGCGAUAGACCGUGUUUUUUUUUACUAUUUUGAAAACAGGAGCUGCUUUCGCUAUUUAAACUUUGGCUACACAGUUUCUUACCUUGGAUCCCAUCGGAACUGAAUACGCAACAGGUUUUUGUGAUUCUUUUUGACGAAAAAAAAACACAAUUUCAUCAUAGUUCCAUGCAUUAUUCUCCUCUUGAUUUGUACAUUUCCCACCUCAGUCUUCCAGAACUGCCUCUACUGGUGCUUGAAUUUGACAUGCAGCAAAAAGCCCCCGAAUAUUUUUAGAUACCACUGCAUUUACACUCUCUGAUGCAUUGAUUGUUUUGUAAAUAGUUAUAUGCGUAUUUAUGUAUUUUGGCUUUUUAUACUUUUUAAAAGUUUUAUAUUGGACAUUCUGAUAGUUAGCCAUUUUUAAAUUGCUGGUAUUGUGGAAAAAAUGUUAAUCAAUUCAGAUUUCUUUAUCUUACUGUAUUUCUUUUUCCCUCGGCUUUUCAAAUGGGAUGAAUGUGUUCAGUAAGUUGAAUACAUUUUUUUUUUAUAGACAUUCAUUUGUUUUGCUACUUAAAACAUAUUAGCUUUUGCAGUUCCCUGGGUUCUGAUAAAUCUUCUAAACUUUUAGAAUAAAGUUCUCUCAAAGUUUCUAAUUUUCAAAUAAUUUGAAAACGAUUCAAAGCCAGUGUAGAAUUCUUAAUUCUCUUUUAUUUUGGGAUUUAAAAAAAAUGUUUUUGAGCCAUGUUAAUGGUAAUUAUAUUUAAAUAUAUUCACCCCAAGUUCUUCUGUUUAAAUGAUUUCUUAUUUUUCAGAUACUUUUUAUUUGCAUAUGUGGACUUUCGAAUUAUUUACAUGCUCUGUGCUUUUACUCUGCGCUGUGGUCAGAUAUUUGUUUGACCACAGUAGCGCCCAGAAAAUAUUAGACUGAAUUAAAGUGCUUUUAAAAAAA